AUGUUCGACACCAUCUUGGUGUUGGAUUUUGGUUCUCAAUACUCCCAUUUGAUCACUAGGAGGUUGAGAGAGUUUAACAUCUAUGCCGAGAUGUUGCCAUGCACCCAAAAAUUAGCUGAAUUGGGUUGGAAACCAAAGGGUGUCAUUCUUUCUGGUGGUCCAUACUCUGUGUACGAGAAAGGUGCUCCACAUGUUGAUCAAGCUAUCUUUGACUUGAACGUUCCAAUCUUGGGUAUCUGUUAUGGUCUACAGGAAUUGGCUUGGAUCGAUAAUUGUGAACACGUCGGUCGUGGUGACAAGAGAGAAUACGGACCAGCUACUUUGAACGUUAAGAAUCAGGAGAAUGCUUUGUUCAAAGGGAUCGACCAUUCUACCGUCUGGAUGUCUCAUGGUGACAAACUACAUGGUUUACCAAAGGACUUCGAAGUGAUUGCUACUUCUGACAACUCUCCAUACUGUGGUAUUGCUCACAAGACUAAGCAGAUCUACGGUAUUCAAUUUCACCCAGAAGUUACUCAUUCCACUCAAGGUAAAACUCUUUUGAAGAAUUUUGCUGCAUCCAUCUGUCAAGCCAAGCAAAACUGGACCAUGGAAAACUUUAUUGACACUGAGAUUCAAAGAAUUAGAACUUUGGUUGGACCAACUGCUGAAGUCAUUGGUGCUGUCUCUGGUGGUGUUGAUUCCACUGUUGCUUCCAAAUUGAUGACUGAGGCUAUCGGUGAUAGAUUCCAUGCAAUUCUUGUCGAUAACGGUGUUCUAAGAUUGAACGAGGCUCAGACUGUGAAGAAGACUUUGGUCGAUGGUUUGGGUAUUAACUUGACUGUUGUCGAUGCCGCUGAUGAGUUCUUGGACAAAUUGAAGGGUGUUACUGACCCUGAGAAGAAGAGAAAAAUCAUCGGUAACACUUUCAUCCACGUCUUCGAGAGAGAAGCUGCAAAGAUUCAACCAAAGGACGGAAAGGAUAUUGAGUUCUUAUUGCAAGGUACUUUGUACCCAGAUGUCAUCGAAUCUAUCUCUUUCAAGGGCCCUUCCCAAACCAUCAAGACUCAUCACAACGUCGGAGGUCUACUAGAGGACAUGAAAUUGAAAUUGAUCGAACCAUUGAGAGAAUUGUUCAAGGAUGAAGUCAGACAUUUAGGUGAGCUUUUGGGAAUUCCGCAUGAUUUGGUCUGGAGACACCCGUUCCCAGGUCCAGGUAUCGCUAUCCGUGUUCUAGGUGAAGUCACUAGAGAACAAGUGGAAAUUGCAAGAAAAGCUGAUCACAUUUAUAUCACAGAGAUCAAGAACGCUGGUUUGUACAAUAAAAUUUCUCAGGCAUUUGCUUGUCUAUUACCGGUGAAAUCUGUCGGUGUCAUGGGUGAUCAAAGGACUUAUGAACAAGUCAUUGCUUUGAGAGCUAUAGAAACCACUGACUUCAUGACAGCGGAUUGGUUCCCAUUCGAACACGAUUUCUUGAAAAGAGUUGCCUCUAGAAUUGUCAACGAAGUCGACGGUGUCGCUAGAGUCACCUACGACAUCACUUCCAAGCCUCCUGCUACUGUUGAAUGGGAGUAA